AUGAGUUUGUCCCAACAACAUAACUCCCAGAAUAAUGAUCAACUGUUUCCAGCAGCUGACAAGAUAAGGGUUACAAUCCUUGCAUCGGAAUGGGGAUCAAGUAAAGGUGGACUAUCCACAUUAAACAGAGAGUUAGCCAUUCAGUUGGCUAAGUUUCCUGAAGUGCAAAUUUCCUUCUUUGUCCCACAAUGUAGCGAGGAGGACAAGAGAGUUGCACUCAGCCACAACAUCAAAAUUGUUCAAGCAACUAGGCGGCCUGGCUAUGAUGAACUUGAAUGGCUGAGCUUUCCGCCAGCUCAGCUCCUAAUUGAUGUUAUUGUUGGCCAUGGGGUAAAACUUGGGCACCAAGCUUAA